UGAGUAUCAACACACAACAAACCCUCACGAUGCCCAUUUCCCCCCCUCUCCCAUAACACACACACACACACACCACCUACCAAAAGAAAAAAGGAUGUCAACCCGCAGCGCGGCAACCCGCCUCCGCAAAACCUUCCAAUACCCCUCCUCAGACUCCUCCUCCUCAGAGCUCGACGAAGAACACCAAGAGAAACUGAUUUCCGACCUCCAAACCUCCGACACCGCAAAGAACAAUCUCUACCGAAAAAUCUUCCUAGCCUUACCUCUCCUCGCCCUCCUCUUCUCCCUCACAACAACCUUCGCCUCAGCAUCCAGCGCCCGCGCCAGACUUUUGUCCCUGCUGAGCGCAACGAGUCUGGCAUGUUCGGGAUACAUAUUGCAUUACAUGCCGAUUGAGAAGCCAGCGAGGAGGGGAAAGAUACCGCAGUAUCAGAUCGAGGCUGCGAAGGGGCCUGUGGAGAGGUAUUUGCCGUGGUUGAAUGGGGCUCUCGUUGCGGUGUUGGGACUUGCGGCGGCUUUGAGUUAUCGGAAGGGGAAUUUGGAAGAUGCCGGGAGGGAGAUUCUGCCUGCGAUAAUAUUUGGGGUGACAAUUUUUGUGAGGGAGCAGCUCGCGCCGCUGGAUUUGGAGGAGCUGCAGAAGGCGAGGUAUGAGUUGAAAGGAGCUUGAAGAGGAACACGACUUUUCUGGUUUUCUCAUC